UAGGAAAACCACACCAUGGUGAGGCUUGUGCUCCCCAAUCCAGACUUGGAGAAUAGGAUUACUUCACUUGAUGACCUUGAGACCAUUGAAAAAGAAGAGGCAGGUUCAAGACCCAAAUGGGACAACAAAGCACAAUAUAUGCUAACCUGUGUCGGCUUUUGUGUGGGGUUAGGAAAUGUGUGGCGAUUUCCUUAUCUCUGCCAGAGCCAUGGAGGAGGAGCCUUCAUGAUCCCAUUCCUCAUUCUGCUGAUCCUUGAGGGUGUGCCCUUGCUUCAUCUGGAGUUUGCCAUCGGACAAAGGCUGAGGAAGGGCAGUGUUGGUGUCUGGAGCUCUAUUCAUCCUACCCUUAAGGGAGUAGGCAUUGCCUCCAUGUUUGUCUCCUUCAUGGUAGGUUUGUACUACAACACCAUCAUUGCCUGGGUCAUGUGGUAUUUCUUCAACUCUUUCCAAGAUCCCCUGCCUUGGAGCUCGUGCCCACUCAACCAAAACCUAACAGGUUAUGUAGAGGAAUGUGCCCAAAGUUCUUCAGUGGAUUAUUUUUGGUAUCGAGAAACUUUAAAUAUUUCUACCUCCAUUGAUGAUUCAGGAUAUAUUCAGUGGUGGAUCCUGCUGUGUUUGACAUGUGCUUGGAGUGUCCUUUAUGUGUGUACCAUCAGGGGCAUUGAAACAACUGGAAAGGCUGUGUACAUCACAUCAACUCUUCCUUAUAUUGUCUUGACCAUUUUUCUUAUCCGUGGCUUGACAUUAAAGGGGGCCACCAAUGGAAUUGUCUUCCUCUUCACACCCAAUGUCACAGAACUAGCUAAUCCUGUCACAUGGUUGGAUGCUGGAGCCCAAGUGUUUUACUCAUUCUCCCUGGCCUUCGGAGGCCUCAUUUCCUUCUCCAGUUACAAUUCUGUGCACAACAACUGCGAGAUGGAUUCUGUGAUUGUUUCUGUGAUCAAUGGCUUCACCUCUGUUUAUGCAGCAACCGUGGUAUAUUCCAUCAUUGGCUUCCGAGCCACAGAGAGAUAUGAUGACUGCUUCAGUCAAAACAUCCUGACCUUGACCAAUGCAUUCGAUCUGCCUGAAGGUAACGUCACCCAGGACAACUUUGAAGAAAUGAAAGAGUGGUAUAAUGCAACCUACCCCAACGUCUUUGAAACAUUGACUUUUAAGACAUGCGACAUGAAUUCUUUUCUAUCAGAAGGAGUAGAGGGAACAGGUUUAGCCUUCAUCGUCUUCACUGAAGCCAUCACCAAAAUGCCACUUUCACCUCUGUGGUCUGUCCUCUUCUUCAUAAUGCUGUUCUGUCUAGGCUUAUCAUCUAUGUUUGGAAAUAUGGAGGGAGUAGUUGUUCCCCUAUUGGAUCUCAAGAUCAUCCCCCAAAAAUGGCCUAAGGAACUUCUAACAGGUCUCAUUUGUUUGGGCACCUACCUCCUGGCUUACAUUUUCACUCUGAACUCGGGACAGUACUGGCUCACACUGCUAGAUGGCUACGCCGGAUCCAUCCCCCUGCUUGUCAUUGCCUUUUGUGAGAUGUUUGCAGUCGUUUACAUUUAUGGAAUAGACAGGUUUAAUAAGGAUAUUGAGUUUAUGAUAGGUCAUAAGCCGAAUAUCUUCUGGCAAGUUACAUGGAGAGUAAUCAGUCCUCUCAUCAUGUUGGUGAUAUUCCUCUUCUAUUUUGUGAUAAAAGUCAAUGAGGAGCUGACAUACAGUGUCUGGAACCCUGAAUAUGAGGAAUUUCCUAAAUCAGAAAAAAAGGCUUAUCCUGGCUGGGUCUAUGCUAUUGUGGUCUUUGUGGCUGGAGUCCCAUGCCUGGCCAUCCCCUUCUUUGCCCUCUACAAGUUCAUCAGGAAUCGUUGUCAAAAGAAGAAUGACCAGCAAGGACUCGUCAAUUCCUAUUCUUCACCCUCCGUGAAUGGAGACCUAAAGGGUUAAGCCAAAGCAAGUUUUUCUGGGAAGUGGGGACAAGAUCUUGACUGGAAAAGAAAAAAAAAAAAAAAAAGCAAUAGCCAGGCACAGUGGGAAGACUAGACCCUCAUUGAGCCACCCUUGCUGGGGGUGAACCUCCAGCCUAACACUCCAGUCUAUGUGACAAAUGGGAAUUCUCAUGUACCUUAUAAACUGGGGGCCUUUCCGUGCGAGGGAUUGACACAGUUACAUUUAAUUUAACUAACAUUUACCAAGUGCCUGCUCAACACCCAGCACUGUGCUGUAUGAUGAGGAACCAAAGUCACCGCCAUAUAUAUUUUGUACUAUCCUGGGUCGAACAUCACUGAAAUGUCCAAUAGUGAUGCUGAGGUGCCUGAUUUUGGUUUGCAUGUGAGUUGCUAGGGCUAUGUGAGGAAACAAUAAACACCCCUAUUUUUUAUUGCUA